AUGGGGAAGUGUUGUGGUCUCCGUACUGCCAGGAAGCUCCGCAGCCACCGACGGGACCAGAAAUGGCAUGAUAAACAAUACAAGAAAGCCCACUUGGGCACAGCCCUGAAGGCCAAUCCUUUUGGAGGUGCCUCUCAUGCCAAGGGAAUCGUGAUGGAAAAAGUAGGAGUUGAAGCCAAGCAGCCAAAUUCUGCUAUCAGGAAGUGUGUCAGGGUGCAGCUAAUCAAGAACGGCAAGAAGAUCACAGCUUUCGUGCCCAAUGAUGGUUGCUUGAACUUUAUUGAGGAAAACGAUGAAGUUCUGGUUGCUGGAUUUGGUCGAAAGAGUCAUGCUGUAGGUGAUAUCCCUGGAGUCCGCUUUAAGGUUGUUAAGUAGCCAAUGUGUCCCUUUUGGCCCUGUACAAAGGCGAGAAGGAAAGACCAAGAUCCUAAAUUUUGACAGUGGAAGCACAGUAAUAAAUUUUCCUAU